AUCUUGAGACGCGGGACACUUCAUAAAAGGGACGGUGCGUCGUUUUCACGGACUAGUAGUGGACAGGAGCUGACGGAGAGCAAGAACGUCUUUAUUGGGAAUACCCGCGGAGUUUAUGUUGAGUAGUUUUGAGAUUCACAAGACAAUAAAAAUGAAAUCUCCAAAGUUGAAGUCUCAAGGCAAAUUGAUUUCAGCUACAUUCCUUGAGGAGGAGGAUGAUCUGUCUGAUGUGCUGUGUGAGUUUGACGCGGUGAUCGAGGAUUUUACGUCCCCGGUGGAGAAAAGACACUUCCGCUACGACGAGCACCUGAAGACAGCGAAGAGACGCAGCAGCGCCAGCGUCAGUGACAGCGGCAUCAGCGACUCGGAAAGUGCUGAGUCACUCAACAGGAACAGCUUCAGUUUCAGUGAUGAGAGAUUGAACUCUCCCUCCCCCACCACUCCCCCAUCUCUGAUGUCACCCAAAGCUAAACUGGGAGACACUAAAGAACUGGAGGACUUCAUUGCUGACCUUGACAAGACAUUAGCCAGCAUGUGACAUAGAGCCCAAUAAAAGUGACAGAGACCCUUUUUGGAGAGUUGCCAUCGAGAGGAGAGGACUCCCUGUCCAGACACCCAGGCGCCCCCCCAACAAACACACACACACUCCAGGAGUGACAGGGACAGUCAAAGUGGCUGUCAGAAGUACUGAACAACUUCAUCUCAAUGCUGCGUCCCAAUAGUAUAAGACAGCGUCAUCUCCUCAUCUCCUCAUCUCCUUUCCUCUUACUCAUCUCGUUUCCUUCAUGAGCUGAUCUGAUUGUACUGGACAGGUUAAAUAGUUUGUUUACACAGUUAGAAUGGGCAAAUGUGAAAUAACACCUCAUGUCCUAUUGCACUAUAUAACAUUGGGUAUUAUUUCUGACACAGCCCUAGUUUAUAAACUUUUGAAAGUCAUGGAGGAGACUAGGGGAGGAUAUUAGGAAGGAGGUUAAGGAAAUUAAGCUUUGUAAAAGUAUUGGGACACUGUCAGACAGACAAACACCAUCUCACAUACUAUGCGUCCUUUAUACAAAACUUGAGCUGGAAGAGUAUUUAAGAAAUGGCUUUUUAUAAUAGAAGUAUAUUUGUAAUUUUAUAGAGCUGGUCAUUGUACAUUUAUCAAUAAUACUUGUUUGUGAUAUAUAUUUUUGUAUCUAUAUGUAAAUAAUAAUUGUUUCAGAUUCUAUUGCAUUGGCAUUAAAAAGCUUAUAUGAUGGGUUUUUAGGUUUGUCACUCAUUGACUGGAGUUAAGAUGUGUUGAUGCUUUUAAAGAAUGUGAAACAAAAAGUGGAUUAACUCUGAAAACUGGAAUCCAACAAAAUGUAUUUAAUACAGCUAAUGUCUAUUGUCUAUAAGAGAUCAUAUUAAAGUUAAAUAUUAUUCUUUUAAAA